AUUUAGUUUAAAUUAUUCUAAAAAUUUUGCACUUAUUGGACAUCUUCAUAACUUUGGAGGCGAUCAACAUCAGCUCUUGUAUAAUUAUAUUGAAAUAGAAGACUCUCAUAUUCUACUUCAAGGUCUCAAUAUCGACGCCUAUUGUGAGAUAAAUGGAAAGAUAAAUGAUGAAUUUCAUUAG